CGUGCCGACGGCGGCUGGGAAAGGCCUUGGUUGCCAGCCGCCGAGGAGGGUGGGCUGCUCGGCUGCCUACGUCCCCGGAGAGCGGUCGGGGCAGGCGGAGUCCACGCGCCAGCAGAAGGAUUCAAGUUACAGAAAGUGCCCUUGAGGAUGCUGCAGCAUCACUCUAAAAUAGAUCCAGGGUGACUUAAAGGCCAGAGCAGCAGCAGUGAGCGUGGAGGAAAGCGAAUGGAUCUGGGAAUCAGUAAGGAAGAGGAAAGCCAAGAAGCACUGUCAGCUGUUGACCUGAUGGACAUUUGUAGAACACUCUACCCAGCAGCAGCAGAACACACAUUCUUUUCAAGACUAUUCUUUUGCAAAUAGAUCACAUUCUGUGCCAUGAAACAGACCUAGGAUGUCCCUUGGUGCCUACUGUGUCAUCUGUUGCAGAAGAAUAGGAACCUCUGCUUCCCUGCCCAAAAGUCUCACCUCCUGGAAACAUGUCCGAAAUAUAGUAAAAUUUACUGGAUCUCUUAUUUUAGGAGGCUCACUAUUUCUUACCUAUGAAGUUAGGGCCCUGCAGAAGUCUUUAACCUUAGAUACUCAGGUUGUAGAACGAGAAAAAAUGAAAUCAUAUAUAUAUAUGGACACAAUUCCUCUAGACAAAAUCGAAAAUUAUGGGAUUGUUUGGCAGACAAGACGUGAACUUCAUAAAGCAGUAAGAAAAGUGUUGACAAUAUCAGCCAGGAUACUGAGGAGUCCAUUUGACGACUCUUUCAGCACAGUUGACAUAGAAGAACAUGAAUGUCCAGUGUGGCUGCUCCUAAGGAAGAGCCAGGAGGAUAACAGAGCCAUGAGACUGGAGGCUGUGCAGGAAAUGUCGGAGGCCCACCACUGGCAUGAUUACCAGUACAGGCUAAUUGCUCAAGCCUCUGACUGGAGAACCCUUAUUGGUUUGGCACGAAGCAAAGAGAGUGAUCUUCGCUUUUUUCUCCCGCCACCUCCUUUGCCAUCUUUAAAAGAAGAUUUUUCCACGGAGGAAGAACUCCGACAUUUGCUGGCCUUGUUGCCUCACACAGAGCUAGAUGAGUGUAUCCAGCACUUCACGAACGUGGCUCUCAACGAGAGCAGUCAGAGCCUGGCUGCGCAGAAGGGUGGAUUAUGGUGUUUUGGAGGAAAUGGACUUCCUUAUGUAGAAAGUUUGGGAGAGGUUCCUUCUGCCACUGUGGAAAUGUUCUGUUUAGAAGCUAUUGUAAAGCAUUCUGAGAUAUCCUCACACUGUGAUCACAUCGAAGCGCAUGGAGGCUUACAGCUACUGCAGAGGCUGUACCAUAUUCACAAGGACUUCCCUAAAGUGCAGAGAAACAUAAUGCGCAUCAUUGGGAACAUGGCCUUGAAUGAGCAUCUUCAUCCUGCUAUCGUCCGCUCAGGCUGGGUUUCCAUUAUGGCAAAAGCCAUGAAAUCUCACCACAUUAUGAAGGCUUCCCAUGCUGCCAGAGCCCUGGCUAAUCUAGACCGGGAAACUGUGCAAGAUAAAUACCAGGAUGGUGUAUAUGUGCUCCACCCGCAGUGUCGAACAAGUCAGCCCAUUAAAGCCGAUGUCCUUUUUAUUCAUGGCCUUAUGGGAGCAGCGUUCAAAACCUGGCGCCAGCAGGACAGUGAGCGGGGUCAGGCUGAAAAUGCUUUGGAAGAUGAAGAAAAGUACACGACAUGCUGGCCCAAGACGUGGCUAGCAAAAGACUGUCCUGCACUCCGCAUUAUAUCCGUGGAGUAUGACACCACCCUCAGUGACUGGCGAGCAAGGUGCCCUACAGAAAGAAAGUCCAUUGCAUUCAGAAGCAACGAACUUCUUAGGAAGCUCAGAGCUGCUGGUGUUGGGGAUAGGCCAGUGAUUUGGAUAGCACAUAGCAUGGGAGGUCUUCUUGUCAAGAAGAUGCUGCUGGAGGCCUCUAAGAAGCCAGAGCUGAGCACCAUUGUAAACAACACCAGAGGGUUACUUUUCUACAGUGUCCCUCAUCAUGGAUCACAUUUGGCUGAAUACUCUGUUAAUAUCCGCUAUCUUCUCUUCCCCUCUCUGGAAGUCAAAGAACUCAGCAAAGAUUCUCCUGCACUUAAAGUACUACAGGAUGACUUUCUGGAGUUUGCAAAAGACAAAAACUUCCAAGUGCUGAGUUUUGUAGAAACACAACCAACAUUUAUUGGCAGCAUGAUUAAACUGCACGUGGUGCCCGUGGAGUCAGCAGAUUUAGGCAUUGGAGAGCUAAUCCUUGUGGAUGUUAACCAUUUGAACAUCUGCAAGCCAAAGGAAAAGGAUGCUUUUUUAUACCAGCGUACUCUGCAGUUCAUCCGUGAAACCUUAGCCAGAGACCUUGACAACUGACAGCCAUCUUCCCUCAUUUUUAUGUGAAUACAGUCCAAGAAACUUGUCAGCUCCUCUCUCUUUAAGCUCUAAGCAGUCCUGCAGUCAGUGUGGCACAGCAGGGCCAGCACGUAGCACAUGCAGCUCUGCCUGCAAACACCCACACAGGCCUGGCAGUAACAGAGGAAAUGCUGAACUGGGUUCCUCUGGCUUAAAAAGAAACUCCAUCGUGCCCGGUCUGGGGCUAGGGAGCAGAGCUGCUGUGACCAGAGUGCCUGUCCAACAGAUACUUCCCAGCUCUCCCGAGAGCCCCACCGCAACUCUGCUCACCACGAAAAUGCCAUUUGGGAGGGUUCCUAAAGUGGGGAGAAGAGCGAACUAGAACUUGAAAAGAAUUCGUUCUGGGUAACCAUGUGCUGAAAAUUUUCUGAAUGCUGGUGUUUCCUGCUUUUAAGUUUUAGUUCAAUCUUUGACGCUUUCUCACUGGCCCUCAUCAGACCUGUUGUCACACAUGGGCAGCUCGUGUAUGCUUCCGUUUUCAUAUUACUGAAAACAAUCUUUCCUUUUAAAGGUGUUCUUUCCAGAUAGCCAGAUGAGUAACUAAGCCACUGCUGAUCAGAAUAUGAAAACUCUUUUAAGCUAUCAGAUGUACUACUUAGUAUCAAGAUUCUCAGAUUCUCUUUGGCUCAAUAAAUGAUACUUUCCU